AUGGCGGCCCACUGUGAGAAUGACAGGAACGACGGUGGGAAUAAUCACGAUUCUUUCCUUCUUAUGUCAUAUCUUGAUGAAGUCCAGGAUAGAGUAGAAGAGUUUCGUAGGAAAGCUUUAUCACUCCAACAAGAUAAAGGUAGCCUGCUAGCUAUUCUGUCACAGCUGAAAGAUGAUCGUUUACAGUACACACUGAGUGGAGAUGAAUCACAUGAAAUCGUGACAAAAAUCGAGCAGCUCAGAGAGAGGUGCGGAAACGUUGAAAUCAACAUCAAAACUUCACGUACUCCAGAGCAGGAGAGUUCCUAUUUACUAGUCAAUUCUUUAGUGACAAAACUAGAAAACAUGUGUCUCCUAGGAAAUAGGGAUAUGACAGGAUUCAUCCUGCAGGCUCAAGGGUAUUUGAAUGCUUGUAUUUCCGAUGAGGCUACCCAAGGCCCAAUUGAUUACAAAUUUCAAGGCAUGAUCCUAGGUUGUAAGUUGGAAGACCAGAAACUAGUUCGUUACCGGCUGGAAUGUUUAGUUAAGAGAAAUUCCCCCACAGACCUUAUACAGCAAAGAAGCCAGGGGAAUUCCCCCACAGACCUUAUACAACAAGGAAGCCAGGGGAAUUCCCCCACAGACAUUAUACAGCAAAGAAGCCAGGGAAACUCCCCUACAGACAUUAUACAGCAAAAAAGCCAGGGAAAUUCCUUUACAGACAUUAUACAGCAAAGAAGCCAUGGAGAUUCCCCCACAGACCUUAUACAGCAAAGAAGCCAGCUUCACAAUGACUGCACAAGUAGUUGCACAGAAGAGGAGCAGCAACAGCAGCCAAAAGCAACAGCACAGUGUGAUAAUACAGGAUUUGCCGAGAGUCAGUCUGUAGACAUGGACAGUUGUAGCAACAAUUAA